AUGAAGAACAUCAGAGGCUUACCAAAUGAAAUCAUUCUUCAAAUCUUUGUCCACGCGGGAUUUCCGGCAGACACUUUGGCGCUUGCAGGAACGUGCAAACACUUUCGAGGGCUGCUUGAACGGAACGAACGUUCCUUGUCCAACGAUAUCGCAGCACGAGUGGUUGGUGUGCCGUACAAAGUGCUCGGGUUUGGAGGGCGUAUUCCAAGUUUUCAAGGGGUUAUGCGGCUUGUCCAUGAAGCAGCGGAGAUUGGGGCGGUCGUCGAUUGCUGCAACGAUAUCAGACACCUUCCGCAGGUAGAUGAACAUGCAAUCUGGAGGGCAGUUUGGUUCAUACCACUAUGGGACGAGUAUCUUCACGUUGGAUUGCUGCUGUACAAGAUGAUCUCGCAAUCUACAUCUCCUAUGGAACGACUUGGACAGCUGCGGGGAGGCUUCCACGCACUUCUACGCUUCACAUCGAUCGUGAUGUGGGAUAUGAUCCAUAUACGAUUUGCUUUGACAUUCGGCAAAGGUGCAAUCAGGCGCAUGCGUUAUUUGGUGCAAUUCGGUGAAGCAACUGGAGACACGGCACCAUGGCUACAGAACGACGUUGGCUGGAGAAGAACGGAGAUCUCUCUAUUCGAGCACGGGGGCGCGCGGUUCCUGGAAUUGUUGAAUCGUACAAAUCAGGGCGAUUGGAUUCGACGACAUCAGCCUCCAGGGGAUUUGGGAGAAUGUGUGCUUAACAUGUCGAGGCUCGGCAAACUACCUCCAGAUCGAUGUUAUCAUCUUCGCUUAGAUGAUUUGUGCCUAGCGUAUGGGGGUGUUUGGGGCCCACCCGAUUUCUGGCGGCAGUUCGACCCCUUCGGUUUGAAAGAUAGCGGGCUCUGUGGAGUGGAAGCAAUGUGGGAAACUGUCCAGCAUUUACCAGACUGA